AUGCAUGCGAUAUUCGAUCGGUUGAAAGGCAAAAAGUGUUUCACGCAGCUAGAUUUCGCCUCCGGUUUCCACCAGAUGGAAAUCGCCGAGAAAGGCCGUUACAAAACGGCCUUUCGAGACGCUGAUGGGAUGCUUUGGGAGUCCGCUCGCGCAGGGUUUGGACUGACGGUACUGCCUGCAGCUUUCACUCGUAGGGUACAGUCGGCGUUGGGGCACCUGCCGGCUGCUGGCCUGUCGGUGAACUUUGCUAAAUGCAUCUUUGGUGCCGCGUCCCAGGAGUUCCUUGGCAUGAUCAUCGACGACACGGAGGAAGACGCUUUCCAAUCAUUGCGAGGGACGUUGGCUUCCCAAACGGUGCUCGCCUUUCCGGACCUCGAGGGACGCUUUGAGCUCCACACCGACGCCAGCUCGCUAGGCGUAGGGGUGUCUCUCAUGCAGACGAUCGAAGGCGUGACGAGAGCGAUAGCGUUUGCGACCCACAGGUUUUCACGGACAGACCCAAGACGGGGCCCUACCGAGAGGGAGUGCAUGGGUGUGUCGUGGUGGGCAUUACGGCUCAUACAGUACGACAUGGUGUUGGAAUGGAAGGCGGGCGUGGAGCACGUGGUGCCCGACGCGCUCUCGUGGCUCCCGGUUGCAGGGCCUGCCGAGGUGGACGUCGAUGACGCUUCUCGGGACGAUUUGUCUUCCGCGGUAGAGGGCGCGUCCGUCGAGGUUCUAGGCUCAGCGUUGGACGGUGUGAGGUUGGCCGAUCUAGACCCUGCACAGGCAGAUCAGACAGAGGAUGCGGUAGCACACGUUCCUCCCCCACAUCUGAUCCAAGGGGCCGUUUACUCUAACCUUUCCGCCCUUCGAGUGUUGCCCUUUGCGAUGUGCGCGGCGUUGGAUGCUGAGCCCAGGGGACUCCGCUGCAGCGGCAAGACUCGCACGCCAUCCGUACGCCUGCGGCCCAUCGGAGACGUGCAGCUGCCACCGGUAGGAGAGACGGGGCUUCUACAGGACGAGCAAGUGGCUGGCCCCACACCUGUCCAAGCCGUGCCGCCCACACCUCCGCUUCCGGCGCUACCACCGUCGCCCAUUCAUCAUAGCCACGAUGACAUCGGUGAAGUGCUCGCGGCACGGGGGGAGGUACCGAGGUCGUCGUCAGGACCAAACGUUCGUGGGACGUCAGCCAUCGACCGGGCGGCACAGGUUCUCACCAAGCCAUCCAUCCUCGCACAACGCCAACGGGACGACACCCUUUUGGGUCAGGACGAACUGCAGAUGGACAUCGUCAAAAUCGACCUGCCUUCGCUCACUGGAAACAACUACAUCCUGCUCGUGGUCGACCGCGCCUCUAAGCUCCCUUUUGGCUUCCCGUUAGAGACCAAGCAGGCUGUGGGUGUAGCUCGAGUGCUAGUGGAGCAAUGUCUGACUUUCGGUGUCCCAAAUACCAUUCGCUGUGAUGGGGGCUCAGAGUUCGGAGCAGAGGUUGUUACGCAUCUGUGCAGGUGGUUGCGUACAGACAUCGUGUUCGGUGCUGCGGAUCACCCACGAGGCCAAGGUUCAGUCGAGAGGCUGGGGGGAUGGCUGCAAGAACUACCCGCAAAGCUGUGUAGGUCAUGGCCGGACAGGUGGGACGGGUAUGUGUCCCCGUCGAUUUGGAUCAAGCGUACGCUGCCUGACACCGCGCUCCCCUCUCACAUGAUUCCCUUCAAGCGCUUGUUUGACCGCAAGCCCCGCACGACGUUGGACUCGUUAGUGCCCCUCACAGACGAGACAGGUACGGAGGGAGGGCUAGACAACUUCGUGAAGCGACGCAAGCAGAACCUCCGCGAAGUUCGCAUCGCGCUAGAGAGGCGGCACGAGUUGCGAGUAGCGGCGCGUGCCAAAGCCAACGCGACGAUCGAGAGGUCGUCCGCCGGAGUGGCGGUGGGGAGAAACAGCUUGGUGCUGGUCCGAGAGACGGAGAGCAGAAGGUAUCGUGACCGCCGAGGAAGGGAGCUCCAGCACGACUUGUACACCGGGCCCUCGAAGGUGACGGACGUCAUCCGACCGGGCCUCAUUGUAGAAGUCAGCUUACACGGUAGAAGGAAACGCACCCGAAGGGUGUCCACUGCCGACGUGAAGCCUUUCCACCUCAGCCCCCCCUCGCUCAGACUUUCCAUCUCCGACGAAUUUGCAGCGUACGCGUGGGGAGCCGACGUCAAACUCCCCUCUGGAGCCGCUGAGUUAUUGGAGUUUGUCUCUAUUGCCGACUGUCGUAGAAGCCGAUCGAGGACUCAAGUGGUUUGGGAGUAUAGAGGGAAGUUGGGCAGUGGAGCAGUGUCAGACUGGUUGUCAGAGGAUGUCAUGCUGCGGAGUUUCACCCCCCUUCAGCUUGAUGGUUUCGUCGCUCUUUGGCACUUGUACCACCCGCAGCAAGCGAACGAUCUUCCGCCCGUCUCAGUCAAGCCCCGUGCCCCGCUGUCGCGUGCUGAAGCCUUGAAGCUGUUUCCGAUAGAUUUUACCCUCCGGAAGGAACUGGACGGAGGAGUGAACCUACAAGGCCAGGUGUUUGACUUCCUCCAACCGUACUGGCGCGUGGGCUACAGUGACCAGAACUGGGAGGAGCUCGCCCGUCGAGAGCUUGAACGGCUUUCAUGAUAACGGCUGCUUUAUGGCGUUGUACAAAUCCUAGGUGUCGCUGUGCGUACAUGCUGUAGGAACAGGGCUGCCGUCUGCAGGUGGCUUACUACCACCCGUACACGAAUCAGCAACGCCCGGAUGUAUUGGCUGAGUGUUUGUUUAUUUCAUGGUCGUUUUCUAGGUAGCCUUAGACACACGUACAUUACUUGGGUAUCGUAUGGGUCGACAGAUGGUCGCGGCCGUUUGCCUGUAGUUUUACCACGCCUGCACAAGAGUCGGUACGCUUCCAACCUUAGUUAAAAUUGAUAGGGUGUCGCUGUGUAGUCUCUGGGCAUUGUGUGUUUCGUACAAUUGGUGACAUGUCCAUUGUGCGUUAAGCCGUUGUUGUCUUGGACGAUUAUUCAGCAUAGGGAUCAGUGUCUUCCCUUAGGUUGAGCACUUUGCUCUGCUCCGCCUGGGUGUUGAUAUUCGAGUGGUCCAGUUUCGUUUAGGGUUGGUACUCAUGAAAUUGGUUGUGAUAUAGUAUUAGAUGUUCCGAGUUGUAGGCUCAGCUUGCUGAUUACCGUAGAAUAUGGAGUACCGUACCGUACCUUUUUUUGCGGGAAUGCGGCAUCGUUCUGCUGUGCGACUGGGUUUGUUCGCCGUGCGACUUGGUGUUGUAGGUGCUUGCGAAGUUACCCUUGCGGGAGUGGGACACCGUUUUGCGUGAUUUGGUGUUAUAGGUUCUUUGCGCAAUGGGAUUUCCCCUGGAUGGCCAGGUCUUUCCCGCGCUGUAGAUGAGAGUCGGGCUAGCCACUACACUGAAUUCACCAAGCGGGUGACGUUUUUGGCGAACAAGCUCGACCUCGAACCAGUCAACACCAAUGAUAUGGGGAUGGAGUGUAGACGCAUCGUAGAGCGCGUUUUCGUUUGAAAUUAGUUGGCGUCUUCUUUGAGAGUAGAUAUGACAGAUUUGCGUAGAAUAGGGUAAGAUGUUAUCAUGAACGGAGAAGAAAGGGCUUUUCCAACACGGAGAUGUAGCAUGGAUCAAAGCAUUUGUUUGUUGGAUUUCAGCUUUUACAAGAGGCAACGCAGUAGUAUUUUAGCAAGCUUACUAACGCAUAUAGGAUACCAUGAGGAUU